GAACUUGCGUUCGCGAACGGAACAACACUACCCGGCAUGCCCCGCGCCCUCCUUUUCUUCCUUCUUCCACGAGCAGGAUGACGACGAGCCGCCGCGGCCCGCAGACUCCGAACCGAACCUGAACGCCGAACCCCGAAUGGCGGCGGCGCAGCGGCUGCAGGCGGACCGGAGGCCGAGCGAAUUGUCUCUUGUUCGGCCUUGAUGCCAACGCGAGCCGGGCCGAGCCACAGUCCCAGCCCGGUGAUGUGAGGUCCGUCCGUCCGUCCGUCGAUUGACGAACGCCCGCAUCGGAAGUUAGCUGUGACGCUCGUGGACCUGACGGGGAGACCUCGUCUGUGACGUCACACAGCAUCUGGAGGGUGUGGAUCGUCUCGGGAAUCCCAGCCUCGAUUUCGGACCGACCCGCGUUGUUUCCCGAAAAGCAUGCCGGGAAGUGGCGAACCACGGACGGUCGCUGGAGAAGCAAAACGUCGCGCCGACCUCCGAACGAGAUUUGACGGCUUCCAAGCGAGUCGAGCGACAACCAGCCGUACGUUGUCAUGACGUCAUCGGAUGUGGUCAGCCCGAGCCGGUUUUCAGUUCACCGAUGAAUCCGGCGCACAAAAAUCCCCUUAAGUGAACCCUCACAAAUUGGCACUUAUUUGUGGAUUUUUGGGGGAGGCGAUUCCUCAAUUGUUCACUGGGAGCUCACCUAUUCACAGGUGUUGAGCGCCAUUUUGAGGCUUCUUGGUGCCUCAAAAAAGACAGAAGUAGUCGUUUGCCGCCAUCUUUGGGCAUCAAAUGCAAAUCCUUUUAAGGGUUACUCUUCGAUUUGGGUCCCUGUCCCCCACAAAAGGGUCGGGGGUCACCGUGCAGUGAAGCGAUCGGGGGGCAGGGAACGAGCGGACCGUUCCCAACGUGGCCGCCUUUCUCCGGCCGGGUUCCCUGUCGCGAGACGGGAAGUGAUGCGCCCGCACUUCCCACGGAAGCCGUCGCGGGCGCCACGUGGGACCGAUCGAGCCGGCCGCUGAUCCCGAUCGACGCCCGCUCCUGGUAGAAAGCCCUCUGGCGCUAGAAGUCGACGCUUGCGUGUUUCGCGCCUUCCGGGCGGCGUCAUGGAGCGCUCGGGCAGCAUCCAGCUGGACGUCCCGGACUUCAGUAAUUCGGUCCUGUCCCACCUGAACCAGCUGCGGGUCCAGGGGCGGCUGUGCGACAUCGUGGUCCACGUUCAGGGUCAGAGUUUCCGGGCCCACAAGGUGGUACUGGCCGCCAGCUCGCCGUACUUCCGGGACCACAUGUCCCUGAGCCAGAUGAGCACCGUGUCCCUGACGGUGAUCCGCAACGCGUCCGUCUUUGAGCAGCUCCUGGGAUUCUGCUACACGGGCCGCCUGCGCCUGCAGCUGCGAGACAUCAUCAGCUACCUGACGGCCGCCAGCUUCUUGCAGAUGCAGGAAGUCAUCGACCGCUGCACGCGCAUCCUGGAGGGGAUCCACCUCAAGAUCAGCCUGGCCGACCCGGACCGGGAGGCGGCGCCGCGACCCCGCGGCCUGGAGGCGCCCGUCGGACCGGCCCGCCGCGCCGAGGCGUCCGGCCGGGGAGAGGAGCCGCGCGGCCCGGAGCCGGCCCCCCGAGAACCGGUCCUCCGUGUCGACCGGGCCGGCCGGUGGUACGUGGAGAACUCCGGCGAGGCGGACGAGGGGGCCGACGGGGUCGCCGUCAAGACGGAGCGGGAGGAGCGGCGGAUCGGGGCGGACGCCGACCGGGACGAGUCGGGGCCGGCCGACGAGGGCGUGGCCGGCGACGCGUCGGGGAGCUACGGCGGGGCGCGGCCCUCCGGCGGCCACGGCGACGCCGACAGGUGGAGCCCGUCGGGCAGCGUCGUCGUCCUCGCCGACCAUCAAAGAGCCAAAAGCGAAUCUCCGAGCAGAAGCGAAGACCUGCGACACGCCAACUCCCAGGGUGAGGAGGCGGCGGCGGCGGCGUACGAGGAUUACGCCAGGGACCCGGUGGGCGAGCGCUGGUUCCGCUACAACCCGCGUCUGACCUGCAUCUACUGCUGCAAGUCCUUCAACCAGAAAGGAAGUCUGGACCGCCACAUGCGUCUGCACAUGGGCAUCACGCCGUUCGUGUGCCGCCUGUGCGGGAAGAAGUACACGCGCAAGGACCAGCUGGAGUACCACAUCCGCAAACACACGGGCAACAAACCCUUCACGUGCCGCCUGUGCGCCAAGAGCUUCCCCUUCCAGGCCAUCCUCAACCAGCACUUGCGCAAGAACCACCCGGGGCACCACGCCCAAAGCGCCUCACCCGAGACCACCACCGCCUCGCUCAGCGCCAGGGGGGCCUCCCCGGGCCAGGACGACCCCGAGGGCGCCGGGGCGACGUACGGGGAGGGCCCCCAUGCGUCCGUCUCCACCACGGGGCCCGACUGACCCAAAGCUGACGCCGCCCGGUGGGAACCCGAGGGCGAGGGCCCCCGGGCGUCCCGCUCCGCCGCAGGGCCAGACUGGCGGAAAGCUGACGCCGCACAGGACGGCCGGCGGCAGCGCUUCAAAAGCGUGAAUUGAUCUGAUUUCUCGUGAAAACAUUUUACUGUACUUCUUAGAAGACCGUUUUCAAAAUGUUAAGCAUUUUUUUACACUUAGAAAAAAAUCAAUCGAGUCUACAAAUAAGAUCUUGCAUCUGAAAACUCUUUUUGUCUUGCUGAAAAUGGAGAAAAAGUACAGAAAGAGAAAUCGGAUCAAUUCACGCUUUUGCGCCAGUCGGGACGCUCGGGGGCGCUCGUCGGGAGCCGCGAGUUGUCCGUCUCCGUCGCGGGGCCCCACCGACGGAAAAGCAGACGGCCGCGUGGCGCCGCGCUCGCCUCGAUGGCCGCACCGUCUUAUUCAGCGAAUCACGUCCUUCCUUUCUGCCUCCCGACAAUCCAGCGUAAAGGCCUGAAAAGCCGGCCCCUCUGUUAGCAUUUGCGUUAGCAUCCGUGCUAAUCGCAUACCGCAUGACCUCCUUCGGGACCGCUCGGACCGCCGUCGUUGAGUUCGGGUCUCAACGGACCAAAGCUAACCUCAUGUAAGCUGAUACGCUCAGUUACCUCUCGUCACCACUGGGGGCGCCCAGUGGUCAUCUUCACACUGACACUUCCACUUCUUGGCAGGAAUAUCGUGAGGAAACAGUGCUAGCGAAGGUGUUUUUGUUGCUACGCUAUGCCAACUUCUCAAAUAAUGUCCUCACCUUGCUAACAUCUGCCAACGGUAGCUGGCUAGCUAGCGAGCUACAUCAAGUUGGCUGGCGAGUCCCCGGACGCGCACAGCUAGCUUGCUUCAGUUCUCGCUGAAAAAUUGCUAGCUGAGCAGCUAACAGCUAAUAUACGAUACUAACAGAGCUACCUAGCUUCAUCCUUCUGGCAACCAAAGCAAAGAUGGCCGCCAAGCAACUUCAGCACUUCAAAGACUUGAUACAAAAAAAUACUUUUGGACUUUCAAAACUGGUUCCAAGUUGACUCCUUAAGCGUGACUCUUUGAAAUUCAUUAGGACUGAAAAGGGAACUAAACCCAAGAUGUCAGAACUUUCUGUUCUAUUUCGGACGCGCACAUCAUCUUAUUCAGCUGCUGUUGACUUCAAGAUACGACGUAUUUAUUCUAAAAAAUAACUUUAGAACUUCUUGCUGAUGGGUUCGCCGAUGUAAAGCGUAAGCGUCAGUUCUGUCUUAUUAUGCAGUUCUAUUUACGGAGAAAACCAGAGAGAGUUCGUGAAUAGUCAGCAACGACAAGCUACCCGUUGUCGGACGGAAUCCCGACCGGCUCGACGGCCGCCGUUGCGCCCUCGUCGGAGUCGGCGUCCCGCCCGAUAUUGCCGUCGUAUGCCGUCGCCCACCGGCGUCAACGCGACACCAUCCCCAAAUCAUGUUCAAUCGCGAAAAGAAUCGCUAAUGAAGUACGCUGUCAUUGCUCGCGACAGCCGGCGGACUCGUGUCCAAAGCAGUUCAACAGGCGAAAAUGAGCUUUGACGCCGCCACAGUUGCGGUUCCUCCAGAGCCGUUCGAUCCAUUUUGCAUAAAGCGAGCUUACGUGAAUGAAGCGAACCCAACUCCCAAAAAUCCAGACUCCUCACAGUCCAAUUGAGUGCUCUCGUAGCAGGUGGACCUCUACUCGCGCUUGGCCAUCACUGCAGGUCCGCGGACGAUGUUCAUCAAUUAGCCUCUUUCAUUCUUAUUCCACAAACGCAAUAUUAAUCCAAGUUUGACCAAUGCUGGCUGGCACGCACAUACUUAUUCUUGUGUGAAACCUUUUUUGGGUUUAGUUCCCCUUUUAGGAGUGGUCAGGACUUGUCUCGAUUCGCUAUAACAAGUGAAGACUUGUUAUUGUUACCUUUUUUAUUAUUAUUAUAAUUUUUGAAUGCGAAGACAGGUUCUGGGCUCCCUAGAGUCCACCAAGUGGACCGGGCGGGUGGGCGGGACUGGACUCGCACACGUAGCAGAGCGCUAAAGCGAACAAACCUCACUCGUACAAAACCACAACACCUCAACCUGAGCCACGCUAGGCCCGCCUCCUCCCGACACGUUACCUCACACGUCCCUGUCAAAGAUCCCGGUGCACCACGCAGACCCGGUCUCCGCACACACGUACGCCCGCUCACGUGCCCCGGUCUGCUCUAGUCGGCUCAAACCCUUUCUAGUCCAUCUUAGCCUGUUCUCAUCCCUUUCGGUCUGGUCCGAUCCAGUCUGGUCUAGUCUAGUCCUUUCAGCGGUCUCGGUCUAGUUGUUGUCUGGUAUCUCACCUGAUCGACCUUCGCCCUUUCUAGUCCAUCUUCGUCUGUUCUCAUCCCUUUUGGUCUGGUCAGAUCCAGUCUGGUCUAAUCCAGUCGGUGCGGUCUCGGUCUAGAUUUCGUCCGGUACCUCACCUGAUCGGCCUCCGACCUUCGCUGUUUUUUUGACUCCGCCCCCUCCGGGUUGUUCUGUUUAACUUUAAAAAACAAAUUUUUUUUUGAUCGACUGAUCCUUUAUGAAUAUUUUAACGAGCAGGAAGUGAAAAUGUUUGUUGAGGGCGGAGCCAAAGUGUCAAACUUCUUUCACGUGCAACAAAUAAAAGAGAUUUGACUGAAAACGUCUGCAGCAUUUUU